GUAUCUGAAAUUAGUAACAAUACGAUACAAUACAACAUGUGACAAUCAUCCAAACAAACUGUUUCCGAUAAACUCUCGGUUCCCUCACUCCAAUAACUUUCCACCUUGUUCUUUGGAUGACUCGAAAGCAUCAACAAUUUCAUUGCCUUCCUCUAGAGCAUCGGAUUCAAUAGCAAGGGUUAUUCAACUAAGACCGGAUUCUUUUUUUCAGAACCUUGUUACUUUUAAGCUGUCUUUAUUUGACAGGGGCGGAGAAUACCACUCUAUCAAUAACAAGAAAAAAGAAAAAAGUAGCAAUUCGGAGCUUUUUUUUUUCACUUGGUCGCCUGGUAUCUUGAAACACAUUCAAUGAAGCAGCCAGUACGGACAGUUAUAUUAUUUCCAGUCCAAAUGGCUUGCUAGUUUCCUGAAGCACACUCGCAUCUGUCUAUCUAUGUCAUAGUUGGCUAUUUCUGCACCUUCUAAUCGACCUGAAUUCCCUCUUCUAAGAACUUCAGUCAAAAGGGAGUAAAAGAGGGGGGAGGGGGAAAGUAAAGGCCACGACCUCUUGUCGGAAGAGAGGAUCAGUUAUUCUUAAAACUCUUUUAUCAUACUUUUCAUCAAAAUUGGAAGUUACUUAUUUGAUUAGCAAAUCAACUUCUCAAGUUACUUUUAUUAAACACAAGUUAAUAGAAUUAGGAUUUACAUAAAUUGAUAUGGUUCACAUCUUACAAUUAUAUACUAGUACUGUUUUAUGUCUGAAGCAACAGAAUUACCUGCUAAAAGAAAAAGAAUACCUGCUAGCCUGAAAAAUUCCAGACCAGCAAAUCAUUGAACGUUCCAGUAUUUUGCCUGCAAAUUCUGAAAACUAGCCAAGGGAAGAAGCUCCGGCAUGGGAUUGCCGACAGACGACGCCGUAGUGAUUCAGAAAGGGAAGAAACCUGGUGAACCUUAUGUAAUUACGGUGAAUUGUCCGGAUAAAACCGGCCUCGGCUGUGAUAUUAGCUAUACUAUUCUCGAUUUUGGUCUCUACAUUAUCAAAGGAGAUGUUUCAACAGAUGGGAUAUGGUGCUAUGUGAUAUUAUGGGUGGUUCCUCAUGCUUCCUCACCUAUGGUAAGGUGGGCGAAUUUGAAGGAGCGCCUUCUAUCAGUAUGCCCGUCAUGUUCUGUUUCAUUCUAUUUGAACCAACCAUCUCCGCCUGCCGCUUCUUCUCCUGUAUACCUGCUGACAUUUUGCAGCCUCGACCGACGAGGAUUAUUGCAUGAUGUUACCCAAGUUCUCUGCGAGCUUGAGCUUACCAUCCAAAGGGUAAAGGUGACAACAACUCCAGAUGGUCGUGUGCUGGACCUUUUCUUCAUAACAGACAACUUGGAGCUCUUACACACAAAAGAGAGGCAAGAUGAGACGUACAAGCAGUUGCAUGCUGUUCUGGGCCAAUCAUUUAGUUGUGAGCUUCAGUUAGCAGGCCCACAGUAUGACAACCUGCAAUGUGUCUCUUCUCUUUCUCCAUCAGUUGCUGAGGAACUAUUUAGGUGUGAACUAUCAGAUAAUGAAUUUUGCACACAGGCUCUUAGCCCAGUUAUGAUGAAUUUGAAGAGGGCUAGUGUGACAAUAGAUAAUUCGAUGAGCCCCGCGCAUACAUUACUUCAGAUUGGUUGUGUUGAUCACAAGGGUUUUCUUUAUGACAUUAUGCGCACAUUGAAAGACUGCAAUAUUCAGAUUGCUUAUGGUCGAUUUUCACCAGUUAAUAAGGGUCAGAAGGAAUUAGACCUUUUUAUUCGGCAGAAGGAUGGGAAAAAGAUUGUGGAUCCAGAUAAACAAGAUGUUUUUUGUUCCCGCUUAAAAGUGGAAAUGCUUCAUCCUCUACGUGUAAUUAUCACAAAUCGUGGACCAGAUACUGAACUUUUGGUUGCUAAUCCUGUGGAGCUAUCUGGAAAGGGCAGACCACGUGUCUUCUAUGACGUUACUCUGGCAAUGAAGACCCUAGGGAUCUGCAUCUUCUCGGCAGAAAUUGGAAGGCAUUGUACAAGUGAUCGCGUGUGGGAGGUUUACAGAUUCCUUCUAGACGAAAAUUGUAGAUUUGACAUGUUAUGUAGAAAUCAGAUUGUAGACAAAGUCAGAAGAACAUUGAUGGGUUGGUGAGCUCACACUAGCUCUCUUAUGGUCUUGCUGAAGAAUGUUUUAUGAGUGGUGAGCUUAUCCUUCAUCUUAUCGUCCUACUCACCUUUUUAGGCAUUUUGUAUCUAAUAUUGUGUGUUGAGCAUCGAUGAUCCCUUUGUACAGUUCAUAUGUAAAUUAUAGCCACAUUUAAUUGAGCUUGUCUUUAUAGUGUGUGUUAGUUAAAUCUCCUUAAAGAAACUUACUCUCUUCCCUUUUUCUUUCAUCUACCUCAUUUUGUGUCGGUAUUUGUGAAAUAUAUUUGUGCCUUGCUUCUUUGAAGUUCUGUUA